AUGAAUCGAAUUUUAAGUUCUUUAUUAAUCUUAUUAUUUUCGAUUGUUUAUAAGUAUGUCGCGGUUUGCACUAAUGAAGAUUUUGUGACUCGUUCUGCAAAACCAAUUGAAAAUAAAACAUGGGAAAAUUGGAAUGGAGUAAUUCAUAUUUUGCCAAAUGCUAUUUUUGAACCGUCUACACUUGAAGACCUUAUUGAUAUUGUAAAACUGGCAAAGACAAAUAAUAAAACUAUUCGAUGUGCUGCCCAAGGGCAUACCGAAAGUUCUCUAUCUGUCACAGAGAACUAUCUAGUAGUAGUUAAAAAAUUAAAUCAAAUUACAGUGCAAAAACAUCCAAAUUAUGGCUGGACUGUUACUGCCGAAGCAG